GCUUGUGUUUGUCACAUGAAUGCUGAUGCUCCCCACCAGUGCAUUAGUGGAAAAAAUCUCUCUCUAAUUAUGUUAAAAGGGAAAUCUCUUUGAAAAAGGCAUUCUCACAUUUCAGCAGGGUGCAUGCUGCAGCAUGGUCAGAAUUCGGCUCUCCCUCUGCUUUUGGGGAGGAGCUGCUCUGAGGCACUGUGUUUGCAGAAUUCUGGUGAGGGGUUAAGAGGGGAGAUACAGCAUUAGACUCAAACCUGGUCUGGAAACCGGACUGAACGCCAACCUCCAUGCAGUGCCAGGAGCUCCUCGUGUGGGGCCUGAGCUUGGUGAUGAUCCUGGGUGGGGUGAUGCACUUUAUAUGUCUCAUGAAGUCUCAUGCUGCCUACGGCCGUUACGUGGACACCUCGGGCAGCUCCAUGAUGGUGCCUGCGAGGCUUGCCUGGUUCCUCCAGGAGCUUCCUGCUCUGCUGGUUCCCAUGCUUUUGAUGCUGACCACGGAUGGAAACAAUGGCACCGGGAGACACCUGAUGCUCUGGACCUUCUGCCUGCACUACUUCCAAAGGUGCUGCAUCUACUCCCUGCUGACCAAAGGGCGGCCCUAUCCGCUUAACAUCAUGCUGUCAGGGAUUGUGUUUUGCUCUAUUAAUGGCUUCCUGCAGGCACACUAUCUGCUGCACUGUGCUACAUAUCACAACACGUGGUUUUCUGAUACCUGUCUAGUAGCCGGUCUGAGCAUGUUUUUCAUAGGAAUGGGAAUCAAUAUUCACAGUGACCACAUUCUCCGCAGCCUGAGAAAGCCUGGAGAAAUUUCCUAUAAAAUCCCAAGAGGUGGUUUGUUUGAAUAUGUGUCUGGAGCUAAUUUCUUUGGAGAGAUUGUAGAGUGGCUGGGCUACGCUGUUGCUACUUGGUCUUUACCUACGUUUGCAUUUGCUUUUUUUACAAUUUGCUUCAUAGGCCCAAGAGCCUAUCACCAUCACAGGUUCUAUAAUAAGAAGUUCAAAGAUUUCCCCAAAUCAAGAAGAUCUCUCAUACCCUUCAUCUUCUGAAGAGUCAUUACAAAUAAAUGGAGUUUUGUUCUGACAGAAGGAAAGAAAUCAUCUUCUCAGUUGCUACGGUGUACACCUAUACUUUUUGGUUUGUUUUCAUUAACUGAUUUAGCAUACAGUUUGCAGAAAAGAUUCUACAGUUUAUGAAUUGUACAUGUUGCCAGAUAGUUUGUAAAGGUUUUGACAUCCCUGUAUGAUAAUGGCUCAAUCACAAAAGGACACUUAACUACAGCUUAGUCUUUUUUUUUUUAAAGAGCAUUUGUACAGUUAUGUUAUUGCAGUUGUUAGUAUAUUUGUGUAACUGGGUGCAAUUUUUUUAAUACUUUCUCCCAUUGCAGCUUAAUACGCAGUGAAAACUAUAAGUAGGCUGAUUUGCCCAAAACGUGUAAACAUUGUGUGACUUUGUGAUGAACAGUGUGUUUAGUAAACCUGAAAAACAGCCUAAUCAUAAAUUUGCUUUUACAUUCUGCUGAGACUAACAAUUAAGUAUUUCACUUCUUGUUUAAAGAAAAAAAUAUACAUUAAUAAUAAAUAGAAUAGUGAAAUCA